UUGUGUGGCAUAAAUAAAUAAAUAAAGAGGAAGUGACAGAGCAUAGUAUGGCAGGCAAGAUACAUGUACUGUGUAUUCUCUCCUCUUCUGCUGCUGACAUAUAUUCAUUCAUUUCAUCCAUUCAUCAAAUCACUGUUAGGCCUGCCCUUUAUCCCAUACACACAAACACAAGUUUAAUAGCUUUUCCACAAUUUCUGUUAAUCUGUGUUGAGUUCAGUUAAUUGAUUGCAGAUUGUCAGAGCGGGAUAUUAGAGGAGCUUCCAGGUCUGGAAUUGUUGAUGGUGAUUUGAUGCAAAAUUGUAUUCUUCUAUCAUGGUUUGGGAAGAAAGCCUUUUAACACCUUUCUGAAUGGUGGUUGUAAUUGAGAAAUUGGGGUGGAGGUGGGGGUGUUGGUGAGGCAUGGGUAAAUCUAGUAGAAGCGAAUUGGUUUCUGGUCUUUAUAAUGGAGUAUGGUGGAAGAGGAUGAAUUGAAAAGCAUGGUAACGAGUGCAUGGAGAUGGUCUAUACAUAAUGGAACUUGUGAGAAAAUAGCUCCAGUAAAUCUUUGUGUGGACUGAUGGCAACUUCUGGUGCCUUUGCCACUGGUUUGAAGAAGUCACCAGAAGAAGUUAGCUUAAAGAAUUCAUCUAGCAAAGGAAAGUUGCCAGGUGCAGAAACAGGUCUUUUGAAGCAGUCUUCAGCUUUAGACAAUUCCCGUAGAAAAGAAACAGAUACUGUAUAUGAUAAACAGUUGAAGGGAGUGGGAAGAUCAACUGCAUCAGGUAGUUCUCAGAUUGUUAAUUCAACUGUUUCAAGACAAGCAGCAAGUGGAGAUCCUUUUUCUCAAGCAUCUGAAAUUCACACUGAAAAGCCAUCAACUUCGAAGCAAGUAUUGAGAGGUGCAGGUUCUUCUCAGGCGCUGUUUGCAUCAGAAGGACUGACCUUGAAACAAGCUCUAAGAGACAUUGGCCCUUCUCCACUUUCCAAAGCAAGCCCAUUGGAAAAACUGACAUUGAAGCAAGCCUUAAGAGGGGCAAGCCACUCGCAUUCAUCAUCAACAGCUGCUUACAGACAAUUAUCAAGAGGAGCAGAAGAAGCAGAUACUAAAAAACAAACAUUGAAUGUUGCUGCUGACAGGCAAUUCUCAAGAGGAGAGGACGAAGCAGACACUAAAAAGCAAAUAUCAAGUGCUGCUGUUGUUUCUCAAAGUUUAGCAGUUAUUGGUAAACAGCAGUCAGAUGGAGCAAGCACUUCUCAGAAUUUUGCAGCUGAUACUUUGGACAGUCUAAGUCGUGAAGUUAGUUGUUCUAAUGUGUUUGAAGGAGGUUCAUUGAAAGAAAGCACGUUGUUUGGCACUUUCAUACCAUCAGCUUCAGGAACAGCACAAUUGGCUGAAGGAGCAUCUCGGCUUCCACAAUGCAGUUUGCCAAGCUCAUUAGAAGCUGCACAUAAAUAUAGCAAAUUGAAAUGUGAACCUGAGAAUGAAUGCAUAUGGGAUUCUUCUUUACCUCCAAGUGGGAGCCUUAGUCCUCAAAGCAGUAUCAAUGGCAGUGGGAUUGUUACAGGCGCAAGUAGUGUUAAAAAUAGUUCUAGCGCAAACAUUAGUGAAUCAAUUAUCAAUGGUGAUAAAUUUAGUGCAGCAAACAAUUGUGAAAGUACUAAGCCCAGUGGGAUAGGAGACUCUGUUGAAAGUGCCAAGAGUAGUGUAAGCAGAGGUAGUAAUAGCAGUGGGCUCAGUGAUGAUAGCACUUGGAGUAACUUAACUGCUAGUGUCAACAAGCCUCACAAAGCAAAUGAUCCAAGAUGGGAAGCCAUCCUAGUUGUGAGGAAGCGAGAUGGAAUUUUAGGUUUAAGCCAUUUCAGAUUAUUGAAAAGGUUAGGGUGUGGCGAUAUAGGUAGUGUGUAUCUUUCGGAGUUAAGUGGUACAAAGUGUUAUUUUGCAAUGAAGGUGAUGGACAAGGCAUCUCUAGCAAGUAGAAAAAAGUUGCUAAGGGCACAAACUGAAAGAGAGAUCCUACAGUCAUUGGAUCAUCCUUUUCUCCCAACAUUAUACACUCAUUUUGAAACUGACAAAUUCUCAUGUUUAGUUAUGGAGUUUUGCCCUGGAGGAGAUCUACAUACACUUCGGCAAAGACAACCAGGGAAGCACUUUUCUGAACUUGCAGCCCGGUUCUAUGCGGCAGAGGUUCUUCUUGGUUUGGAAUAUCUACAUAUGCUCGGAGUUGUUUACAGGGAUCUCAAACCAGAAAAUGUUUUAGUAAGGGAAGAUGGACAUAUUAUGCUUUCAGAUUUUGAUUUAUCGUUAAGAUGUGCUGUCAGUCCAACUCUAGUUAAAUCAUCAUCUGUUGACCUUGAUCCAUCAAAGCGAGUUCCGGCAUAUUGUGUUCAACCAGCUUGCAUUGAACCCUCUUGUGUUCAACCAGUGUGUAUUCAACCAUCUUGUGUGCAGCCAUCAUGUUUCGUACCACGAUUCUUCCCACAGAGAUCAAAGAAGGUCAGAAAACCCAAAGUUGAAAUUGGUACUCAAGUAACUCCUCUUCCUGAGCUCAUUGCAGAACCAACAAGUGCCCGCUCUAUGUCAUUCGUAGGAACCCAUGAAUAUUUAGCCCCAGAAAUUAUCAAAGGAGAAGGUCAUGGUAGUGCUGUAGAUUGGUGGACCUUUGGAAUAUUUCUACAUGAACUUAUUUUUGGGAAGACACCCUUCAAAGGGUCAGGUAAUCGUGCUACUCUUUUCAAUGUAGUCGGGCAACCUUUGAGGUUUCCAGAAUCACCUAUUGCAAGUUUUGCAGCCAGGGAUUUAAUCAGAGGUUUGCUGGUAAAAGAACCUCAACAUCGCCUAGCCUUCAAGCGAGGGGCAACUGAAAUCAAACAGCACCCUUUUUUUGAGGGUGUAAACUGGGCUCUCAUCCGCUGCACUACUCCACCUGAAAUUCCAAAACCUUUUGAGACCGAAUUGCCUGGAAAGACAGUGUCCACAGCUUCUAGCAGUGGGAAAAAGAUUGCUGAUUCAGACUCAAAUGCUUCAGGGAACUACUUAGAUUUUGAUUUUUUUUAGGUUUGGUGAAUGCUUAUGUAUUGCGUUAUGGAAAUCAACCUGCUCAGUGAAAGCCGUUGUUUUGCUAUAUUUCUAUAAAAUGCACAUUCAGGUCGAAUUCCAGUGAAGUUUACCAUUGUGAGAAGCAUUAGCUUCGAUUAGAUUCUUUCUCUUUGACAUUCCCAAGUAUUAAAACAUGUAUCAUAGAUUUCAAUUGCAAAGGUAUAACUAUCUGAAAGGAUUCAAGGGUGUAAAGCUUAAGCUUUUCAGUAUCUUCCUAAAUGUAUUCUCUGGACCAAUUAUAGAAGUAUAAAGCUUGUCAAAAUAUUCAACGAUUAAA